UAUGAUACGAUCAACACUCAGACCCAUCCUGAUGUUAUGGUCCUAUCAAGGGAAACAAAACCCCAACAUCCAUACUGGUAUGCCCACAUUCUGGGCAUCUACCAUAUGGAUAUAUGGUUCAACACUGAAGGUUCAAUGAAGAUGUGCCAAAUCAAGGUUCUCUACAUUCGAUGGCUGGCACCCUUGAUUGGUCAUCAGUCUAGGAUGAACUACACUCAACUUCUGAAGGUUGCCUUUGUUGAUGAGUCUGACCAUGAUGUGUUUGGGUUCCUAGACCCUGGCCAGGUCAUCCAAGGCACACAUUUAAUUCCGGCUUUUGUAUCUGGGUGUGGUACAGUGUACCUUUGUCAUGGCAAGCCCUUCGCACAUCAAGGAGAUGAUUUAGAUGAUUGGGAAGCCUAUUAUGUUGGCAUGUAA